GUCAUUUUUUAUCAUAGAGACAUAAGUGAUAUAUCAAUUGAAAGUAUAGAAUGUCUUCUUUUUUUUGUGUACACUCACAAUCAAAAUAAAACUUUGUGCUUUUUAAAAAUAAAUAAAAUAUACAGGGUGUGCUGUCCUGCCAUCUCCGUCUCUGCAAACAUCAUUCUAAAAGGUCACUAAAAGUAACUAAAAUAGACGGCUUAUACAUGCUACAUGGACAUGAGAGAUAUGUCUUUGCAAAGCUUUAAGUGUCUACUUUUAAACGAAACAAAUAAAUUCUAAAAAAAAUAUUCUCCCUUUAUGUAAUCAGUAUAAAAGUAAAGAGAGGUACUGUUUCUCCUGUCUUACCUAAUUAUCUUUAAUGUGUGCCCGCCCACGCGCAGAGCGCUCUAUUCAUAAGAUAAUGAGCUGAGGCGAUCUAUGCAAACUGUAAACGCCCCUAACAGCGUCUUAAAAAGCAUCAAGUUUCAUCAGAUUCAUUCGCUUUCCUGCGCGUUUGGAAGAUGGCACGCUACUCAGGUGAGCAGGCUCUUCAGAUGGUCCUGGACAGUGAGGAAGAGUUCACUUUUUCCUCGGAAGAAGAACACGACUCUGACGAUGAACGUCUGUAUUUUGAAGAGCGACUUGAUCCAGCUGAAGAUACAGUUUCUGAUGAAAAUGUGGAUCCAUCACUCUCGCAUUCACCUGCAAUUCUCACUAAGAGGGCACGCAGCAACACAGGCGAUAAUGAGAAAGAGAAUGUGGAUCCAUCACUCUCACAUUCACCUGCAAUUCCCACUAAGAGGGCACCCAGCAACACAGGCGGAAAUGAGAAAGACUAUAGCCCUAAUGAGAGUGCUCCAAAACCCCUUGCAAAAAAGGCCAAGAAAAACAUUCAGACAAGCAACAGGCAUUCAGCUCUGUCAUGGAAAACAGAUAAUGACACUGACAUGGUUCCACAGACUCUGAGAUUCCUACCUGCACGGGAACCUGGACCACAGCUGCGUCCUGCUGAUGAACACACUCCUAAGAGUCUCUUCAAAAUGUUUUUUUCUGAGGAUGCAGUUUCAACUCUAUGCCAGAACACCAAUGCUCAGGCUGCCAGGGCAGUUUCAAAGGGAUGUAGAUAUAAAUGGACAGAUAUCAGCAUCGGUGAGAUGUACCGCUACAUUGGGCUGCUGUUUUACAUGGCUAUGGUGAAGAUGAGCUCCAUCAGUGACUACUGGCGACAGGACAGUCUUUUCUCUGUGCCUUUUCCUGCUACAAUCAUGUCAAGAGACAGAUACCGUACCAUUUCAUGGAACGUGCACAUGAGUCACCCAGAUGAAGACAAGGAGAAUGACAGAAAGAGGGGAACAGCUGAUCAUGACAGUCUUUUCAGGGUCAAACCUCUCAUGGACACAAUCCGCCUUGCUUGUAAAGCAAUCUACCAUCCUAAACGGAACUUGGCUGUGGAUGAAAGAAUGGUGGCAUGUAAAGCAAACACUGGAAUGAGACAAUACAUGAAAGCCAAGCCAACCAAGUGGGGCUUCAAGUUGUUUGUCCUUGCUGAUUCAUCAAAUGGAUACACUGUGGACUUUUCUGUGUACACAGGAAAGAACAACUUUCCCACAGGCCAUGGACUAUCAUAUGAUGCGGUGACAUCUCUUCUGGACUGUAAAGUUUUAGGCUCUGGGUACCAUCUGUACAUGGACAAUUUCUACACAAGUCCUAAGCUCCUGAGAGACUUGUUUGCCAUGAAGUUUGGUGGCUGUGGGACAUACAGAGACAACAGGAAGGACUGCCCUCGUAAUGCAGCUAAUUCACUCUCCAAGAAAUCUGCCAGAGGAUCCAUCAGGUGGAUUCGGGAUGGAGCUCUUGUAUUUGUCAAGUGGAUGGACACACGAGAGGUAUCUGUCUGUUCUACCAUACAUGCUGCUUAUAGUGGAGACACUGUGCAGAGGAGGGUGAAAUCACAAGGAACAUGGAGGACAAAGACAAUUCCAUGUCCUGCACCUGUGACUGCAUACAACCAACACAUGGGGGUGUCGACCUGUCUGAUCAGCUGAUACAAUACUACACAACACAACACAAAACAAUGAAGUGGUACAGAAAGAUCUUUCUACACUUCCUGGACAUUGCUGCCACAAACGCUUUCAUCAUACACAAAGACCUUUACGGUAACAUGACCCAUAAAGAGUUCAUAGAACAGCUGAUUGCAGAGCUCUUUGGUAUGUCGUCACAGAAAGCAGCUCCAAAACGGACCAAAAGUGACCAUGUACCGGUUCCAGCAGCAGAGCUGACAUCAAAUGCAAGGAAUAAUGCCACCGCUGGUCGUCGGAACUGCAUGCUUUGCAAAGUACAGCUUGGUAAAAGGCAAGACACACCUUGGAAAUGCCAGGCAUGUGACAUUUACUUGUGUCUUCAGUUGAAAAGGAACUGUUUUCAGAAAUGGCACACAGAUGUGUGACUGUUCAGAUUCUCUGUUCACCACCUCUCACUGACCAUUGGGCUGCAAAGAUUAUCUAUAUGUGAUCAAGCAGGUUAUGUAUAGGGUGUAAAAGUGGGCUUUUUUUAUAAACCUUACCUUUAUUUGCCUGUAUACACAAAAUGUGCCUUUGACCCUAGUUUAUAUGUGGAUUAUAUUGUUAACUUUAUUUUAAAUAAAAAAGAAAAAAAACAA